AGGGAAGAAGAGAAAGCAGUCUUUGAGAGCCGAGACUGGGGGCCACACAGGACUGGCUGAGAAGUGUUGAGAGUGAAAUGUUCACAGCCACUAAGAGACUACCCUAUCAAAUACAGUUGCUCUGUUCCCUGCAAAGACCUACUCCAUAGACCUUGGCACAGAAACCGGCAUGCUGCCUGGUUUAGUUACAGCCAACGGUGCUCACAUCCUGCGCAUGUUUUCUUUAUGUGUAUAUUAAUAAAGUUUUGCCUGUUAUAAAAAAAGAGACUUCAAAUUUCUCAUCGUGCUUGUUCUGUAUGUCACAUAAGCCCAGAGUUCUGGAGGAACCAAAGGAGUGGACUCUGUACAUGUGAGGUAGUUGGCCAUGGUGUUGGCCAUGGCAUCUCAGGAUGCCCAGAACUUCUUCCAGCCUUUAUCUUCCUGGCUAUCCCGAGUUUAUGAAGCUCUCCAGCAAGCAGGUGAUGCAUUAGCUGCGUCACUGGUUCUUCUAAGCAAACACGAUUCGGCAUUGAGUGACAAGCCAGACCAGGACUUAGAUGAUAUUCAGAUUCAGGAAACCUACUUUGAAGAUGAAGAGCACUGCAAUGAUGGGAAUUCAGAGGAGGCAAACUCCCUGUUUCUUGAAGAGGACCAUUUCUCAUGCUCUAAUAGCGAUUCACAGGACUCUGGCAGAACGUCAAGCCCCAGACUUGAUCAACAAGUCAAAGACUCAUGCUCUGUAGUACACCAGUGGCCCAAUCAGACCCCAGCUGGCCCACAGUCACCACACAUGCUUUCUUCUAUCGCUGAGGAAGAACAUCACUUUGAGAGGCAGAGAUGUGGCCUUCAGCUUGGCUGUGACACCCAGGUCCCUGGCACUUUAGGAAAAGUUAAUGGAAAAAAGCAAGUUAACAGCCUUGGGGAUGAUGAAGAGCCAUCCACAUCUUCUGAGAGUGAUGAAGAUGUGGUCAAGCAGUUUGAGGUCUCUGUGUCCCGAUCCCCAAGUUUUCGUACAGGAGCACCUGAGAAGGGAAAGACCACAGAGUCAAAGCCGAAAACAAAAUGCAACCGUUUGCUGUCCAUCAUCCACCAAGAAGACAGCGCUGAAGUGUCGGCUUGUGAAGAUUUGGAUGGAACCAGCCAACUCAGUUGUUCUGGGGUUCUGUCUUAUGAAGAUCACGCCCUCUCUACCCUCUCACAGUCCCCCUGUGAGAGCAGAGACACCAGGCAUCAUGGGCCCUGUCAUCAAGAGACUGGCAUGGUCCAAAGCCUCAGUCAUCCUUGUGCAGAUGGCAUCCUGGAAACGGAGACAGCUUUGACUAAUCGGGGUUUUGAAGAUGCCUAUGCUACUCCCAGCUCCUCUAUGUGGAGUGCAGAGGAGCAGGAUGGGACCAGUCUGCAGGUGCCACCCAGGCUCUUGGAGCCUAUCUCAAAAUGCGGUUACCUAGAGAUCAUCUUUGAAUAUAGAGCUGCAACCCAGAAGCUCACUGUGACCAUUGUGAGGGCACAGGGGCUUCCAGAUAAGGACCGAAGUGGGGUCAACUCCUGGCAAGUUCAUGUAGUGCUGCUGCCCAGUAAGAAGCAGAGGGGCAAGACGAACAUCCAGAGAGGGCCCAAUCCUGUCUUCAAGGAGAAGGUCACCUUCGCCAAGCUGGAGCCCAGGGAUGUGGCUACCUGUGCUGUCCGGUUCCGCCUGUAUGCUGCCCGUAAGAUGACCCGAGAGAGGAUGAUGGGAGAGAAGCUGUUCUGUCUCAGCCACUUGCACCCAGAAGGGGAAAUGAAAGUGACUCUGGUUCUGGAGCCAAGAAGUAAUAUAAGCAGUGGAGAGUCUCCGCUUAGCCCAUCUGUGGUGUCUCACAGUGACAGUGCUUCAUCCACACAGUCGCUGUCUCAUGGAGGGGUGCCAGAGCUGUUGGUGGGACUGUCCUACAAUGCCACAACAGGGCGAUUAUCUGUGGAAAUGAUCAAAGGCAGCCAUUUCCGCAACCUCGCUGCUAACCGAGCUCCUGAUACAUAUGGCAAACUCUUCCUCCUCAACUGUGUGGGCCAAGAGAUGUCCCGAUGCAAGACAUCCAUUCGGCGCGGCCAACCCAAUCCUGUCUAUAAAGAGACCUUUGUCUUCCAGGUGGCCCUCUUCCAGCUCUCUGAUGUCACCUUGAUGAUUUCCAUUUACAGUAGACGCACUAUGAAGCGUAAGGAGAUGAUUGGCUGGAUCGCACUGGGUCAGAACAGCAGUGGGGAAGAGGAGCAGGAGCAUUGGGAGGAGAUGAGGGAAAACAAAGGCCAGCAGAUAUGCAGGUGGCAUACAUUGCUGGAAGCCUAGGUUUACCAAGGGGCUCUAUCAGCCUUGAUUAUCAGAAACCAAGGCCUGUGGGUGUCUUUGGGGAGGGGAUUUCAAAUUGAGAAUUUUACUAAUCUUAGGGCAUUCUGUGGUUUAGAACAUUGUCAAAGGUUUGGUUUUUGUUUAAAUGUUGUCACGGCCAAGUGCACAGUUUGGGAAACGGUACUCUAGCUGAGACUGCUGGUGAUGUCAUAAUUUGUGCUAAUGGGUGAUCGUGGUUUGGUUCACACUGUGGGAUGCAGCUUCUCCUGCUUUCUCUUUUUGCUUGGAGAAUAGACUGAGAUUUUAAAGGAGCUGUAAUGUUGCUGUUUUCCAUCACCGGGGUGUAUGAAUCACUCUUCUCAGUGUUCAAAAUUCCAAAAGAGAGAAAUGAAUCAGAUGCCUAGGGUUACAGGAAGAUGUAACCAAUCCACAAUCCUCUGCCACACCUACUCUUUUUAUGAAUAAAAAAGAUCUGUUUAUUUAAAAGAUAAUUGUUAUAAAUUUGUGGUGUAAAAUAAAUUUGUAUUCAUGAAAUGCCUCUUUUUUUUUCUCAAUUAGAUAUCAUGAUUUCUAAGAGAAUUGGGUUACACAGAUCAUCUUACAGUUGUAAGAGUUAAAAAGUGACUGUUAUCUAACCCAUCUCCUUUUGAAUAUGUAAAAUCUCAAAAAUUGAGUUUUUUUGUGCCUUUAAAAAAAAAAAAAAACCAAAUCAGUACCUACACAAGAGGAAAACCAAGGAGAUAACAAAGUCUUGGCUUUCUUAUGUUUCCAAAUCUGGCAUUCAUUUGGAUUAUACCUUUUCUAUAGCCAAAUUAUAUUAACUCACAUUUAUGUUUUUUGUAUGUCCCCCUGCAUGUCAGCCAUGUUCAUCUUUAGGCUAUGUACCUUGCCAGUAGAGCAUAGUAAAAUGCACACAGUGGAUCUUAAUAAAUACUGAUUUGAUUGACUUGUGAGACUGAACAUGUGAACUCCUGUGAGUGAAGACAUAAUGUCAUUUUUGUAUGGAAUGACAGUGAAUUCUUUGAGCAUUUAAAUCCCCAGCAGUGCUAUUUCUCACAUGGAACAAUGUGUAUUAGUGACUCCUUGUCUUCUGAGCACGUACUGUUUAAAAUGCUGACCAUGCAUGGUUCUGGGCAUAGGGUCUUACUUAAGAGCAGCUUUUACAUAUGUUUGCAGUGCAUUUUUAUUUUCUUGAUUCCUAGAUCUGAACUCUUAAUUUCAAUAACUUUCACCUGGAAGUGAUAAAGAGGUGGGUGGCAUGCACACUUAACCCUGUGCCCAAUGUUACAGGUUCUCUGAGCAAUUGCCCAGUCAUUUAUUUUUAGCCUUUUAUGUUUUCUUGUUGACUUCUUUCCUGUCUGUGGGAAGAGUGAUAGCUAGAGAUGGAUGUAUACAGUCAAAGCCACAUACCUUCCCCCUCAGCUCUUACAUUUUGACAGAUUGUAAGCGUAGGCUGCAAUGCUGGGGGAACAUAUUUAUUCCUUGCAAUUUGUAAUGGUUAUCCUGACAAGACCAGGCAAGGGCAUGGGAUAAUGCUACUGUGAUCACACGGAUCAGAUAUUUGGAAGAAAUAACUUUAUAUUGGAAGGACAAGAAUUUGCAGAAUAAAUUAUCUUCAUUUCUCUUCUGGUCCUUUGGGUUUUCCCUUAUCUUCCUUGGGAAGACCUGAGAGUGCUUUCUCAGCAUCGUGUCCAUUAACUGCUGAGUGGUCUUUGCAGCAAUGACUGUGUCACAGGGUAGAACUGAGUGCAAUUGAUGAAGAGCGGCGAAGAAUUGGCUUUUCACAUCCCUCCCUCUCUGUAUGCCUUGUGUUUAAAGGGAAGUAGAGCAGCCUCGUUAUGCUUUCCUUUAUGCCACUGGCAUAAUAGCAGCAUUCAUUUUCAAAUUUACAUUUGAAAAAAAAUCUGUAUAUAUUGUACAGACAGUCCUGGAUUUUCCUCGUUCAUGUUUGCCUGCCUCCAGGGCUUUGUGGUCCCCAGUAAUCACCUAUGCUUUCUGUUCUGCUCCCUGCCUUGCCCAGUUUUAGGGUUUUCUGCUGGUGUAGUGAGCUUUACAACAGUGUGCAUCCUUUCAAGAGGAAAGAUGCCUGAAAAGCGUUUCCCCCACUUUUUAAAUAAUUUUCUUUGUUAGUACCACUCGUCAUAUAACACAUGUGCAUCUUGAUUAUGCAGCAGCAUUCACCCUCUGUGGAUGGUACAGACAUCAAAUUCUAAAGACAAGAUGCACUGAAAUGUGAAGCUGAAUUUUUUUUUUUAACCUCAAUUUGAAAUUCUGCUUUAGGAAGAUCUUUGGAUUUUGUGCACUUAGACUCUCUUAUUUUCUUGGCAAAGUCUAGACCCAAAUGCAUUUAACAUGUUUUUCACUUGAGUGUUUACAGCUACAUUUGCCUCUCAAAAGACUUAUGAAAGAUAAUUAGUUGGCUCUGUGGUGGGAAAGCUGCUUUUGCCUGUUUUAGCUAGCUAAUGAUUAAUAUCUUGUGCAGAGCUUGACGUGGAAGAAAUGCUGGGUUUUGUUGCUUGCUAGUUCUUUCCUGAAGAGUGAACUUUGAAAGUACAAGACGCACAGAGUUUAUGGAAAUGUGUUUCAUCAUGGGCCUUCUUUCAGGGCACAGGCUCCCACUGACGUGAGAAGAGCUGGUUUCACCAAUCAGGGUGGUAACUGCUGUAUUCUCAGAUCCCUUCUGACUAUUUUUCCUUUCCUUGUUUUUUUUUAAUGGACUAUUCACCAGAGCCGACAAACACCUGCUCUGGGUUCCUUCUCCCUUGCUGGCUCCCUGUGAGAGAUGCACAGGUGUUUUGGACCCUGUUUUUGCUGAUCAAAUAACUAUUGGGCAGAGGGAGUCCUGCUUUCCCUGGCAUAAGAAGAAUUUGUAAUGCCCAUGAAUGUAGUAUUCUCAACAUUUCACCAGCAUGAGUCCCCAGAAAUGAACCACACCAUGUUUGCAAAGAGGCAUGGCAUUGCAUCUGUGGUGGUUCAACUUAGGUGCCAUUGGCUAUGACAUGCUUUGCUGAUAGUUCCAGCAUUGAUGCAAAUGUUGACGUUCUCCACAGUGCUAGGUGCUAUACUGAAGCAUCCCUUCUUCCUUUUCAAUGUGCACAUUCAUGGCAUUAUACAAAUGACUGCUGCCUCUUGGUAUUGUGAUUUAUAUUGUGGCUGUACUAGAAGGUGUUAUCUGAGAAUCCAAAUCUUUCCUUCCAAGUAAAGCAUUAUUUAAAUCUCAUAGCAAGUUCUUGGAUCUAUUGAUCUUUCCGUGUGGACACUGAACUGUGUGUCCACCCAAACCUGGCUGUGCUUUUCAUUCAGAGGACUUAAAGGGUAUGGAAAGAGUCACUUGUACGUGACAUAAAACCAAGUGGAAAUAAUUUGGGGACAGGAUUUUAACUGUAGCCCACUGGAACAUACUGUAUAGCCCAGGCUUGCCUUAAACUCACAAUCCUCCUGCUUCAGGCUCCAAAGUGUUGAGAUUACAGCAGCCAUGAACUAUCAUGCCUGGCAUGAGGGCAUAUUAUUUGCUGAUAAGUGAAUAUACAAGAAAACACAUAUGAUGCUUCCCCCUUAAUUUCGCAUGGAACUAUGUGUAAAGACAACUCCAUUCUAAAUUCCUAGUGAGAAGCGGAUGAUAGAUCUUGAAAUGACAAAAGACCUUUUAUUGUCUGAAAAACUACUUUGUUUAGAUACAGCUAUAAGAAAAACUAGUGUGGAAGAGAUGAAGAAAUUAGUAUGUGGACAUGUUUGGCAUAAUUGGUGUAUAUACAAGAAGAAUCUAUAAAUAGACUGAGAAAGGCAUUUAAGAUCAACCAACACUGACCAAUCAGUUGGGUUAUGGACAAUACUUAAAGGUGUGGAACCAAAUAGACCCCAGACAGUGAAGUAGGCCAUGUGAUCAUAGCUUGGGUUUAGGUGGAACUCUGCUGUGUGACCUUAGGAAAAUGACCUAGCCAACCCACACCCCAGUGUUCUCAAAUAGAAGGCAGAAUUAUUGCUUAAGUUUCCUUUAAGACAUAUCAGUGAAGUCACAGAUGUAAUGUGACCAGAACAGAAGCUGGCACAAAGCUAAUACUCAGUAUUUCCUCCUGAUAAUCAUGCUUGAGAAAGACAUGUUCAAGGCUGACUACUUUUUCCAGGAAUUUGAUUAUAACACUAGGCAGUAACUCAAAACAUCUUUCUCAGGAAUGUGAAAAACAUACCUUCAUGAAGCUGGCCGAGAGUUGCACAGAAAGUAGAUUUUGUCAGGAAAUGAGCAUGAUAAAUGAGUAAGUUACAUCACUGUAGAUAUCAACUGAGGUAUAACCAAAUCUCUGUCUUAUUCUCUUAGUUUGGAAGUAAUGCAAGACUUAAAUAAUUUAUGUUUACAUCUUGAUAAAUGGCUCACAGGCCUUUCCUCAACCCACUCUGCUGCUUAUAGGCAGAUAGGCCACUUACUGUCCCCAUCAAAACACUUGAUGGCAUUUUGCUAUAGAUUUUCACUUGAUCUACAAAAAUAAGCAGUGCAAUACUACAGUUACAGUCUUUAAAAAUCGAUGCAUCUUUAAAGCCCACAUUAUCUAUAUCUUUAUAGAUGAGGAAUUUUUAGCAGUGAAAACUUAAGAUUCAUUGUCUAACUGAAGGUUCCAUUCAGAACCAGUUACUUGGCAUUGUUCCCAUUAGAUCACAGUGAAAGGAAUUCCACCAUCAAACAGAACUUCUUUUCAGUUUAAUGGUUCCUGCUUGAUACAGUGGGGUGUAUGUCCAGUUGUUUUCAAGUGAUGAAAAGUGAUGAAGAUGUCCUAAAAGUUUAGAAGAAACUUUGUUGACCUUUAACCAAUAGAAGUCAGAGACAAGUUACCUCAAAUGUCACUGGAUGCCGUGGGCCAAUCAUCAUCUACAUGGUGGUAGUUUUGAAGAUGGGAUCUCCUAUGAGUUUGAACUCACUAAGUAGCUGAGGGCAACCUUGAACUUCUGAUCC